GCCAACGCCUCGGAUGCGCAGGGCAUCAAGGCCCAGAUCGAUGGGUGGUACGAGGAGAAGAUCGGGCCGAUCAAGGACGUUGUAGCUGAGACGGAGGAGAACGAGCUUCAGCAGUUCGUCCGGCGUCUCUUGGGACAGAAGCCCGAGUCCAAGUACCUGGACUACGUGAGGAAGGUGGCUGAGGCGGGCCCAAAAGGUUACCUGAGUGGAGGCGAUGCCCUGAAGAAGGAGACGAAGCUGAAGAUGGAGCUCCGGCGCCUGCAGCCGAAGCAAGCAAUCCUUCGGAGCACCACGAGCACCCAGGUGGCUUUGUGGCAUUGGUACUUCGUCUUCUACGUCCUGGGCGAGACCGAGGAGGCCCUGCAAGAUGCAGGCUACAUGUAG